AUGGCGGCGCAGAGUUUGACGGGGACUCGGUGCCGGCAUGUGUGUCUCGGGGCCCAUUGUGCGCGGCACCGGGCUGCGCGGGGGGUGGUCGACGCCCGGGUCCCGGGCCCAGGCCCGCGCCAGCCGGCCCGCGGGUCGGAGGGUGAUGCCACCGGCGCUUCCCUUCGCCAGGGGAGGGUGGUCCACCCAGUUGGCUGGGUGGACUUGGCUGGGCUGGGGGCGGGCGUCGGCGGGGCGGAGUGA